CAUGACGAAACGAAACCGAACGAAAAUUAAAUUCUCUUUCGGUUUAACAAUCACUGUUUUGAACUGUGUCUUGUUUACACGGAGGACUUCAGUAAAAAUAAUUUGCUACACCUCAUACAUCAUAGAUAAGAGAAACUUGUACACUAUUUUUAAAGCUUUGAACCGAAGAAUGGAGCACGAUUUCAUUGAGCUUUGUAGAGGACGGUUUCGAAGGUUGGAAUAUAUUUACUAAUCCUAUGAUGCAUGGUGAUCAGGACCACAACGAUGCGCUUUACACUACUACUUAUAUUAUUUGAAUGUUAAUUUAAUUUAUGUGAAGUCAGUUUCUUUUCGUAUCGCAUGACCAGCGGUUCGACCAUGGUAAAAUUUCCGAACCAGAACUGUCAAUGCAAAAGGGUGAAUAAUCGUGCUCCAUUGUUUACAGCGGGAAUCUGGUGAAAAAUGUAUAAUUUUACCUUGCAAAACAAUUUUCCGGUUAGUAGAUUAUAUUCCGGGAGUGUGCAAUGGCUAAGGUGAAUCAGCAACGCCAUAAUUUAAUAUCUCAGCAAAAGGGCAUACGCAUCCAAUCAGCACAGCACUACAGGGAGCCAAUCCGUACCACCAACGCGCUCCUGUUAAACAAGUGUCUGAACGAACCAUUAGAUCAACCGGAAGCGGAAUAUAUGUGUUUCUACCCGGCCGCGAAGAGAAUCGCAUAAAACAAAGGAAAAGGAUUAUCAUAAUUUGCAAAACAUAGCACAUUCUUGCAAUCCAUAAGGUUUGCAGCCACCGCCGCUUCGACAUAGGUUCGGUGUACCGCGAAACAAACGACAUUACAGUGCGUAGGUGCGUUUUUUGUACGUGUAUGUGUGACACCUCCAAAUAGUGCUAGAUGGUUUUCGUUGUGCAUUCAUUGUUGGUGAGAAAGGAUCCAUUUGGACUCUUCGACGAGUGUUAAUGCUCCUUAGUGGUGGUGUUGUGUUAAAACAAAAAUUAAAACCCGACAAAAAAUGGUGAAGGAAAUUCCAUCGAGUACGGUGGUGAACCGCGAUGAAGAGUGUUUGAAAAAAUCACUGAUGGAGGUUGUGAAAAGCGAUUCGAGCAACCUGUGCCGAUUAUGUUUGUCCAAGGAGCAAAAGCUGACACGUGCUUUCUCGGACGAACGAGGAAUCGACGAUGCGUUGCUGAAGAAAAUUUUCGACUGCACAACAGUGAAGGUUAAACUGAAGAACAUUUUUCCAUCGGCAAUCUGUGCGGUGUGCGACUUGAAGCUAAACGAAUUCUACAAAUUUCGAGAAAAAUGCAUCGAAAAUGACACCUUUCUGCACAAUCUGCUCGACGAUCGUGUUACGGUGGCGGAAGUCGAUCAGUCGGUACCGAUCGUUGACGAGCAGCAAAGCAACAGCAGGACACCAACGAAGAGUAGUGGAAGUGCGGCAGAACAGCAAGCAGCAACAUCGACCACAUCCAUCCCGGAAGCACAAAAGCACACCAGUAGCAGUAGUGAAAUGAUGGCGAUAGCAUUGAAUCAGCUAUCCUCGUUCGGUUUGCGACCCCUGCAGGAGCUGAUGUUGGAAACGAAUGGUUCACUGGAGGCGGCCGGUGCAUUGCUGCCCAACAGCGGUGGGAAUGUUGUUUCGUCGUCUUCUGCACCAUCGCAGCCCCAUGACGCACCGGCACCGUCACUGAUUUCGUCGAUCGAAUACGUUUCACAGAAAGCGCGCCAACUAGAGCAGGAGCGCACGUUCGCACUGGCAACACUGGAAAUGGCUGGCCUGCAAGCGAUGCGUAACCACAGCACCGUGGAAGGUGGCGGAAAGUUUAAAUGCACCGUGUGUCAUCGUACGUUCCGCAAUGCUUACACGCUCCGGCGACACACCAAUUUGCACACCGAAACGAAUCUGUUCCCAUGCGAGUACUGUGGUAAGAAAUUCAACGAUCGCUCAAACUGGAAGAUCCACCAGCGGACGCACACCGGUGAUAAUCUGUACACCUGUCUCGUCUGCCUGAAGACAUUCAUCUCACCCUCAACGCUCAAGUACCAUCGGCGGUCGCACAGGCGGCUCGAAUCGUUUGACUGUCGGCUAUGUUCGGGCACGUUCAGCAGCUACGAUCUGCUGGAGGAACACGCACGCACCAUGCAUCAGGAUAUGCAAGACUUACAGUCCGAUGAACCCAUGAUUGAUGCAGCUAGCUUCGUCAAGAUCGAACUGGAGGACGGCGAACUAUCAAGCUCCACUACGCGUCUGCAGCGCAACACUGACGAUGAUCCGCGGGAACGACGAUCAAUCGAUAGCAGCAGUGUGGACGAUGCGCAACUUGCGGAACUGUAUCGUACGCAGCAAAUGUUGGAACUGUUUGAAAAACAGUUCCAAACCGCCGUUGCCACAACCGAGACCGAUCUGGUGGAGGGAGAACAACCGCCGGGCAAUGAGACAACGCUUGAAGAGAAGAAAGAUCAGGAAGCAGCAGCCAUCAUGCGUGAAAUGCGAGCGCAAAUACAGCAGCAGCAGCAGAACGAGGUUGAAGUUAAGGAAGAACCGCUCGAUGAAUCGCUGGAGCUUGAUCCAAGUGAACUGCUGCAGCAAGCGAUGGAGGAAACGGCGGACGGAAAUGACGAUGGUGGCGGCAAACAGUUCUCGUCGUCCUCGAGUGCAUCGUCGUCUCCUUCGGCAGUGAUACUGUUUCGGUGUGAUUACUGUAUGAAAAUAUUCCAUUUCCUCGACGAGUUGAACGCUCACAUGCUACUACACAACGGUGCUGCCGGUAAGGCUGGGCAAGGGGGAGCUGUUAUGCUCGGUUCAGCAACUGCCUCCUCCACACCAACAGCUGGAACAGUUCCUAACACAAGCACCACUCCACGUCCCGACUCAAUGCCUAUGCUAGCGCUGAUGGGACCGGACGGUCCCAUUUCCCUCGUGUCCAGCGAUGGUGCUAAAGAGCCCAAACCACGCAAGCCCAAAAGACGACGCACGGGUUUCGUUGGGCCAGAACAGGGAAAAUCUGCAAAAAACGCAGAGAACGGUGGUGAGCCCGUCGCACCAGCGUCACCUCCCGAGUAUCCUUGCUCGAAAUGCACGAAAAUGUUCCGUACGGAGGAGCUGAAGCGUGUGCAUGAAGCAACACACGCUGACGAUGAGCAGGCUAACAAGGUGCGCAGCUGUCGUAUCUGCAACAAACUGUUCAAAUGCGAACUAAAUCUGUUGGCACACAUGCGAAAACAUUCGCUCACGGUACUACAGGGUGCACCGGCUGAAGGUGAACCGGCCGGUGAUAGCAGUGGGAACGAUGAGUCCUGUUCUUCCUCCUCUCAAAAUGGUGGUAUAUCGGCCACUACACUACAGGAACCUGCUCACCAUGAUGUAGGACCGGCAGACGAUAGUGAUGAAGGUGAGACGAUCGCCCAAACGUCCGAUGUUGCUUCGUCCGAGAGUGGAGCAGAGGCAGGAGGAUCCGGUGAUUCGGCGGCAUCGUUAGCCGCAAAUUUUCUUUCCCGUGGUGCGUUCCGAAAGUGUGAAAUAUGUGCCAUCACGUUCAAAGAUUCCGUUACACUCGACAAACAUAUGCUGUGCCAUUUCGAGCGCAAGGAAGCGAUUGCCUUCGUGCCGCAAACGGAUCGACCGUUCCAGUGUACCGAGUGUCACAAAAGCUUCAAGCGGAAGGACUAUCUGCUUAUCCACAUACGUACGCACACGGGUGAAAGACGCUACAAGUGUGAUCUCUGUUCGAGUGCCUUCGUGCAUCCGUCGAAUCUGAUCACGCACCGGAAGCUACACUCGAGCGAACGGCCAUACCAAUGCACGCUGUGCGGUGCAACAUUCAAGCUGUUCGCUGGACUUAAAAUCCAUCGGAGGCGCUGUGAGCAGAAGCUGCCGAAGAGCUGGACCGAUGGUGUACCACCGCCCGGGUUUAGCACGGGCCCACACGAACUGUCCGAUACUGCUGAGCAAGUACCGACCGAUAAUGUGCACUAUCCAUUCUGAAUGGAUAAACCCACGGUAAGCACAGUGCAGCAUGUAGUUAGUUUUAAGGCGAGCAAUCAUCGAAAGAUUUCUUAAACAGGGGAUGUAACAUCCCCGUGGUAUCGGUUAAGCAAGCAACGAACUGCGAUUCCCGCGUUUACAGCCCACAGGAUUAGUGGGUAGCAAAAGUGUAAUAUUCAAUCUAUCUGCUUUGUGUACUACUGAAUUUUAUGUCGUAGAAUUAAUUAUGUAAGGAACAAUCCUUUUUUUUCGAAUGCUUAACGCUUUAAAAGAACGAUAUUUUAGCAUUAGAAAACAAUGUUCCGUAUCAGUUUUUUGUGCGCCAUAACGAGUGAAUUACAAAACAAACACAAAAAUGGAAGACAGCCGUAUUAGAGAAAAAAACGUGACAUAAACUCAGAGAUAACUGAAGGAGCAAAUUGUGAUUAUUGUGAGGGUCACAUAUUAUAUGGCAACGAGUUGUUCAAUUUAUUAAACAACGUUUAAAGGAUAAUCAAUGACGAUUUAGCGAAACACACUCUCGUGCAAAGUAUAACAAACAAAAAACAUAAGUUUCCUUCUUUGCUACUUUAGCAUCUCACAGACAAACGCGUGCGGAUCUAGAUGGAUUAAGUAUUACUUAAAGUGUUGUGCUAGUGCAGAUACACGGUACUGGAAUCUACCUUUUGUUCCUAUAUCAAACAACAAUCCUACUCAAGUAUCAAUCCGCCGAAGUUGUAGCAGGGAGAUAACACAUAAGAAAUACUAUAGGCAAGAUUAUUCCGAAAAGAAAUUGGAACAUUCUAAGCUGAAUUAAGCAGGAACAAAGAGUGAAUUAACCUGUUGGCAUAAAUUGAAAAUAUUGAUUUUGAUUUUGAGUGGGUUCAAGUUUACUCCUCGAAAGGCGAUUCAAUUUUUGGUCUUUUCUUCAUACUCGCAGCAACCGGCAACUUUACAAAAAUGUUGAACAUUUCAAAUGAGAUCUUGAUUUAUGUUUUGUAAGUCUUAAUUGUGCAUUUUAGUCAUUUGUAGUUUAAGAUAAAGGUGUAAUAUAAAUAGAUAUAAAAAUUAUUCAUUAAAGUACGUUACAACGUACGUACAGAUGGCUAGGAAUGAAGUGUAUUUGUACUCUACAAAAAAACACAAGAGCUCAGCAAUAAGCUAAAUCUACAAACUUAUGUACAAGAUUUUGUUCAAUUUGCUUAGUUGAUUGUACAAAGAACGAACAUUUAUAGUACGUGGAACGUGUGUGGAGAAAUGUUACAUCAAUGUAAGAAAGGCAAAUGAGUCAGAGAGAGGGAGAGAGAGAGUAUAAUAGAAUCCGCUAACGGUGGUAAUUUUUAUGUUAAAAGCGUCUUCAAUGUACGUUAAACAAAACGAACAAUCUACUUACUAGUAUGUGUUAAGGUAUCAUGAAUCUAAUCUAUAAAUGCCAUAGCAAUGAUGAGGAUCGAAUAAAUCUAUAUAAAUUUUAAUCAAA